AUGGACGUUAACCAGGUGCUUGAGGGGACCUUGUCUCCAGACGCCGCUAUCCGCACGAAUGCCGAGACGCAGCUCACCCAGGCCGCCGAGGCUGACUUCCCUGCCUACCUGACCACUCUGGCCACAGAGCUCGCCAACGAGCAAGCACAACCGCACAUCCGGACGGCCGCCGCCCUCGCACUGAAGAACUCAUUUUCCGCUCGCGAAUACUCUAGGUUACGAGAGGUGCAGGCGAGAUGGCUCGCCCAGGACCCCGCUAUCAAGUCGCAGGUCAAGGCGUUGGCACUGACCACGCUGGCGUCCAACGAUUCCCGUGCAGGAAACGCUGCGGCCCAGUUUAUUGCUUCUAUUGCGGCGAUUGAGAUUCCUCAGAACCAGUGGCCAGAGCUUAUGGGCGUUUUGGUGGAGAAUGUGGGCAAGGGCGCGGACCACCAGAAGCAGGCUUCGCUGACCACGAUCGGUUUCAUUUGCGACACCGAGGACCACGAGCUGAGGGAAAGCCUUGCCACCCACUCCAACGCAAUCCUGACGGCCGUCGUACAAGGUGCGCGUAAGGAGGAGACUAACAGCGACGUGCGGAACGCUGCCAUUUCGGCACUCAGUGACUCGCUCGAAUUCGUUCGGACCAACUUUGAGAAUGAGGGUGAGAGGAAUUACAUCAUGCAGGUCAUUUGCGAGGCUACGCAGGCCGAGGACACUCGCAUCCAGCAGGGCGCAUAUGGCUGCUUGAACAGGAUCAUGGGUCUGUACUACGACAAGAUGAGCUUCUACAUGGAGAAGGCACUCUUCGGCCUUACCAUUCAGGGCAUGAAGAACGACGAGGAGGAUGUUUCCAAGCUCGCCGUCGAAUUCUGGUGCACGGUCUGCGAGGAGGAAAUUUCAAUCGAGGACGACAACACUCAGGCCAACGCAGAGGGCUCUACCGAGCUCCGCGAGUACUUCAACUUUGCUCGCGUUGCUACUCCGGAAGUCGUUCCCGUUCUGCUCGAGCUGCUCGCAAAGCAAGACGAAGACGCUGCCGACGAUGAGUACAACAUCUCCCGUGCCGCUUACCAGUGCUUGCAGCUCUGGGCCCAGACUGUUGGCAGCGCUGUCGUGCCUGCCGUUCUGCAGUUUGUCGAGAAGAAUCUGCGUUCUGAGGACUGGCACUUGCGCGAUGCCGCCGUUUCCGCCUUCGGUGCUAUCAUGGAGGGUCCUGAGGAGAAGAUGCUUGACCCGCUCGUCAAGCAAGCCCUCCCUGUUCUUAUUGGCAUGAUGGAGGACCCCGUCAUUCAGGUCCGCGACUCUGCUGCUUACGCUCUUGGUCGCAUCUGCGAGACUUGCGCCGAUUCCGUCGACCCCUCCACUCACCUGCAGCCUCUUAUCUCCUCCCUCUUCACCGGCCUUGCCAGUCACCCCAAGAUGGCUUCCUCCUGCUGCUGGGCUCUUAUGAACCUUGCUGACCGCUUCGCUGGCGCUCCUGGCUGCCAGUCUAACCCUCUCUCCCCUCACUUCCAGGCCAGUGUUACCCACCUUCUGCAGGUCACUGAGCGGGCGGAUGCAGACAACCAGCUCCGCACUGCUGCUUACGAAGUCCUCAACUCCUUCACCAUGAACUCUGCCAACGACAGCCUUGAAAUGAUUGGUCACCUCUCCCUCGUCAUUCUCGAGCGCCUGGAGAAGACCCUCCCUCUCCAGCAGCAGGUUGUCAGUGUUGAGGAUAAGAUGACGCUUGAGGAAAUGCAGACCAGCCUGGUCAGCGUCGUUAUGGCAAUCAUUCAGAGACUUGAGGCGGAGAUCAAGCCUCAGGCCGACCGCAUCAUGCAAGUCUUCCUGCAGCUGCUUGCUAGCGCCGGUCCCAAGUCGAACGUUCCCGAUGCCGUCCUUGCUGCUAUCGGUUCUCUGGCCAACGCGCUUGAGGAGGACUUCUUCAAGUAUAUGGAGGCUUUCUCUCCCUACCUGUACAACGCUCUUGGCAACCAGGAUGAGCCUGCUCUCUGCGCCAUGGCCAUUGGCUUGGUCAGUGACAUCACCCGCUCGCUGGGUGAGAAGGUCCAGCCUUUCUGCGACACCUUCAUGAACUACCUUCUGAACAACCUCCGGAGCUCCACUCUUGGCAACCAGUUCAAGCCCGCCAUCCUUCAAUGCUUCGGUGACAUUGCGCAGUCCAUCGGCGGUCACUUUGAGACUUACCUGUCGGUCGUUGCUCAGGUGUUGGUCCAGGCUUCCCAGAUCAACUUCAACCAGGACACUUCCUUUGAGAUGCUGGACUACAUUGUCUCGCUUCGCGAGGGCAUUAUGGAUGCUUGGGACGGUGCUAUUAUUGCUAUGAGGGAUGGCGGCAACCAGCAGGCGCUCCUUCCCUACGUGGAACCCAUCUUUGCAUUGCUUCACACCAUCCACACCGAUGCCAACCGCACCGAAGCACUCAUGAGGUCCUCGAUGGGUGUCAUUGGUGACAUUGCCGACACCUUCUCCAACGGCGAAUUUGCCGAGCUCUUCCGCGCGGAGUGGGUGAUGCUUAUGGCCAAGGAGACCAGGGCCAACCGUGACUACUCUCCUCGCACCAUCGACACCGCUCGUUGGGCCCGCGAGCAGAUCAAGCGCCAGACGGGUAUGUGA